AAACUAACCAAAACUAAAAAGUCAUGAAAAAUACUCAAGAUAAAGAUAUAGGUCUUAAUGUAGUGUAUUUAAUACAGUAACAUAAUUUGUCAUCAGAUAGGAAGAAGGUGACUCUUGAUUAAUUCCAUCUUCUAAGUGUCAUAGGAAAAGGGUCAAUAGGAAAGGUUGUACUAGUAAGAAAGAAAGACAAUUAAAAAACAUAUGCUCUUAAAGUCAUAAAAAAAACCUAAUUGAUAGAUAAUCAUUAGGUGAAGUAAAUCUAUGCUGAGAGAAACAUUCUUUAAAACUGCCAUCAUCCAUUCAUUAUAAAAUUAGAAUACGCAUUCUAAAAUGAGACCAAGUUAUACUUCUGCUUACAAUAUUGUCCAGGAGGGGAACUAUACAACUUAUUAGUUUAAAAAAGCAAAUUAACUGAAGAAUAAGCUAAGUUCUAUGCAUCCCAAAUUGUCCUGGCCUUUCAAUACUUGCAUGAAUAAGAUAUAAUCUAUAGAGAUUUAAAGCCAGAGAAUGUGUUGAUCGAUUCAGAAGGCUAUAUCAAGUUAACUGACUUUGGAUUCUCCAAAUAAGGAAUUUAGGGCAAUUUUGGAGCUCAUUCAAAAUGUGGAACAGCCGAAUAUUUGGCUCCAGAAUUAUUAGUAGGCAACCAUGGGAAAGCAGCUGAUUGGUGGACCUUGGGAACUCUAGUAUAUGAAAUGGUAGUUGGUUAACCUGCAUUUUUUGCAGAAACCAAAGAGGAAUUAUUUAAUUAAAUUCUCCAUCAAGAAAUAAAUUACAAAAAAAUGGGUGUUUCAUCUCAAUUAAAAGAUUUAUUAUCAAAACUAUUGUAAAAGGAUCCAAAUUCUAGAAUUAGUUCAGCCAAUGAAAUUAAAAAACAUCCUUGGUUCAAAAAUGUAGAUUGGGAUAUGGUUUUAUAAAAAUAAGUACCUCCUGUGUUUUUACCUCAAUUAAACAGUGAUGAUGAUGUUUAAUAUUUUGAUGAUUGUUUCCUUAAAGAACCUAUCUUCUCCUAAACCAAUUCAUUAUCUACAGAUGAAUAAAUGAAUAGUCCAUAUUAAGGAUUUUCGUAUUCUGCAUCCCCACCGCAAAAAGAAGAAUAAUGGGAAUUUUGA